ACUUGAUUUUAUUUUCUUUUAUGGACACCCCUGCGCCUUCUCCUCCCUCACGUUCUUCUCCACGGCUCCAUCCUUCCACCGCCCCCGUCUCAGCCGAAACUCCGCAAAACUCACUUCCGUCUGACCCCAAUCCGACGGUUUGUAAUUCCGCUUCGUCGUCGAAGCCCCUUAAAAGUGGGAAGAACAAGAAAAAUAGACUUAACAAAGAUGUACCAUCUUCCUCUUCUUGUUUCACAAACAAAGGCAAGAGCUUGGCGUUCAAACGACGCAACGUCAAGGUCCGGUUGGGUCAGGUUCGAAGGCCAAGCGAGUGGACUAAGAUGGAGGCUAUUGCUCUUACUCUUGGAAUGUCGUUUGCGGCUGUUGUUGCUCAGGUUCUGGAGAGGAAAUAUGCAGCCGGAGAUAGGAUGUCCGUCAGCCAUCUUUCAAAGAUCUGUACUUCAGCUGUCAGAGAAUCUCUAACCAAUGUUUUCGGGGACAAUUUUGAUUUUUUUGCAAGGAACUUUGAGAAAUCGUUUGGGACCACAUUGAGGACACUUAGAUUGAUUAAUGAAUCAUCCUCCAACAACGAGGGAUACCACUUAAAAUAUCACCAUGUAUCAAAUUCUGAUGUGCCUUUUAAUGAAGUGGGUUGGUCAAGCAAUUCCAAGCUUCAUGAUUGUCACUCUGAAACAGAUUUGCCUACUAUUGCAACUGAAGACAUAUUGACCAGCCCCGAAGUGGAACUGGAACAAAUGUCAGCAAGUUUUAUCUCUAGAGAACUUGUUCUUCAUGAUAAAAACAACCAACUGGCUUGUGCCUCUUCAAGCAUGUUAGAUUCUGCAAUCAAUAAGAGCAUGCUUAGUACAAUGGAGAAAUCUGUCAUGGCACAAGUCCGUUCGAAUGACCUCAAGGAAAUUGAGCUUGGUCUUGCAAUAAAAAAAUUGAAGUUGAAAGAGGACCAGUUGGCUCUCAACUAUGAUUCAAAUCAUUUGGAGAGGUCAAAAUUAGCUAUGGGUAUAUCCAAGGCAUCCUUUAAAGCUGAAAAAUUCAAAAAUCAAUUAGAAGACACGAGACAUGGUGAGCUGCUUAAAAAGUGCAUUGACUGUCUUGUAGCUGGUAUAGUCCUCAUGUUGGCGUCCCUUUCUUAUGCUGCUUAUGUUUUUUCAUACAAAAAGAUUUCUGAAGCUACUGCAGCCUGUUUGCCUUUACAAAAGGAAUCCAAGUCUUGGUGGAUGCCAAAUAGAGUGUCAUCGUUUAGUUCAGGGCUGCACACCAUUAAGUGCCAAGUCCAGGUUAUGAGCAGAUUGAUAUUCGGUUUUCUAAUGAUUCUCGUAAUAACUUACUUGCUUCUCCAGCGUUCAGCCACUUCAAGACAGACAAUGCCGAUCACUUUUAUCCUCCUGCUUUUAGGAGCUGCCUGUGGUUUUGCUGGCAAGCUUUGCGUAGAGACACUGGGGGGAAGUGGAUAUUACUGGCUGAUAUGUUGGGAGAUUCUCUGCUCACUGCAUUUCUUCGCAAAUGUCUGUACCUCACUAUUGUUCCUUAUCCUUCAUGGCCCUGUUGACAUUUCUCAAGGGAUGAAAGGCAAGACGGUUUUUCCAUACUGGGCACGGAGAUCCAUCUUCUACUCUACUCUCCUUCUGUUCCUACCAUUAGUCUGUGGCCUUGUGCCUUUUGCGACUCUACAUGAAUGGAAGGAUCACUUCUUGGUACUAAUCCAAGACUCUGAAUCAUCAAUAGACGAUUGAUUGCAGAUUAAUUGUGACAUCUAGUUAAUUGUUAUUAACUAUUGGUGUAAAUUAGUCUUGUAUUGUAUGCCAAGCUGCCUCGGUGUUGUAUUUGCCCUGUAUAAAGCUUCUGUGGGUGCAGCUUGGUUAUUUAUUAGUUGCAUCAGUAAUUUUAGGUCUCUUGAGUAGUGUCAUCCAUCUUUUGUCUACUGUGAAAGGGUAGAAGAUUAGUCACAGUUGAUGUUUA